GUGUAACUAUUAUUGUGGAUGUCCAAAUAUAACUCCCAUCAAAUUUUGGACAACACGGAGUUGCCACCAUGUAGAGGCCAUGCUUACGUUGUUUGCCACGUCAUUCUAAUAUCUAAUAUCAAAUAGAGUUUUUCAGUCAGCCUACUUUUCAGAAAAUCCACUCUCAAAUGGCUUCAUCCUCACCGUCCGUUCACUCGGCUACUGUUAUCGACGGCAAAUCCAUCGCCCAGACAGUCCGAUCCGAAAUCGCCGUUGAAGUUCGUCAACUCUCUGAGCAGUAUGGCAAGGUGCCGGGACUUGCAGUGGUAAUAGUUGGGAACAGGAAAGAUUCGCAGAGCUAUGUGGGCAUGAAGAGGAAAGCUUGCGCUGAAGUUGGGAUUAAGUCCUUAGAUUUGGACCUUCCCGAGGACGUUUCUCAAACCGAACUCAUUGCUAAGGUCCACGAACUCAACGCCAAUCCGGAUGUACACGGAAUUCUGGUUCAGCUCCCACUGCCCAAGCAUAUAAAUGAAGAGAAAGUGUUGAGUGAAAUUAGCAUUGAGAAGGAUGUAGAUGGCUUUCACCCGCUCAACAUUGGCAAGCUUGCAAUGAAAGGCAGAGAUCCUCUAUUUCUUCCUUGUACUCCUAAGGGAUGCAUUGAGCUUCUCUCACGAAGUGGUAUAACUAUAAAAGGUAAGAGGGCAGUUGUGGUGGGUCGAAGUAACAUAGUCGGGUUGCCUGUUUCUUUACUUCUUUUGAAGGAAGAUGCAACUGUUACUGUUGUCCAUUCACGUACUCCUGAGCCAGAGAAAAUCAUUUGUGAAGCAGACAUUGUUAUUGCAGCAGCAGGACAGGCAAUGAUGAUCAAAGGCAGUUGGAUUAAACCUGGUGCUGCAGUAAUCGAUGUUGGCACAAAUGCUGUGGAUGACCAGAGUAGAAAGUCAGGUUACAGAUUAGUAGGGGAUGUAGAUUUCAAGGAGGCAUGCAAGGUAGCAGGAUGCAUUACUCCUGUUCCGGGUGGCGUAGGCCCAAUGACUGUUGCAAUGCUCCUAAAAAACACUUUGGAAGGCGCCAAGAGGGCUAUACCACCACAAUAGAAGCUUCUGUGAGCUGUGACUCUCUUCCCCGAUUCGGACCAUGGUAAAAUGUGCUAUCAAACUGACAUUGUAAUAUUAUUUGUCACAAUCAAAUGCUGGAAAAUUAUCUUCAUCGUGUAUUGUCAGCUAAUAAAAUUUCAAGUUUUGAAA